AUGAAUGAACGGAAUGGUGAGGGCAUGGAAGACGUUUCAAAUGAUCAUUCAUUGCCACUGGUCAGGAAAUCCUUUCAUCAUCAUGAAAUAUCAUCGUCCGUGCAUGCAACGCCUAUAUUAUCGGAACAUGUAAAAACAUCGUCGGCGAGUUUGAACGAAUAUUUCGAAAAUAUUAAAAGUUGCAUUGGAGUGGGAGAGAGAUGUAAAACCUUAUUAGGCCCCAAAGCUUUGGAAAAACUCUUUGUUGACCCUCAAACUGGAGAAGUAUUAAUCACAAAUGAUGGAGCAACGGCAAUACAAUACAUGAAAAUAGAAAAUCCUAUUGCGCAAUUAUUUGUGGAUUUGAGCAAAGCAGUUGACAAUCAAGUUGGUGAUGGAACAACAUCUGUUAUUGUUUUGGCAGCAUCCAUGCUAGAAGAGGCUCUAAAAUUAAUAAGAUCUGGUAUUCACCCAAUGAGAAUUGUGAACAAUUAUUCCAUGUUUAAUGAUAUCAUUGAGAAGCACUUGACACAGUUUCAAUCGUUUAAGGUAGAUCCUUUCGAAGAAAAUUCUAAACAACUAAUUUUGCAACUAGUACGAACUACACUCAACUCAAAAUUUUCAAGUAUAUCAUUUCCAAAGCUGGCAGACAUUGCUGUGGAUGCCAUGUCAACGGCAAGGGGAAAUAGAAAUUUAAUUCAGGUGUUGAAGCUUGGUAAAACUACUAAUAGUAUUACAUUUAGAGGCUCCUCAUCAGACGAUACUGCAUUAUUGACCAAUCAGGUAUUGCUUAACACAAAUUUUGUUCAUGAAAAUGAGCAAGAAGGUAUGGUUUUGCCAUCUCCCAAGUUAGCAUUGCUUUUAUUUGAACUAGACAAACCUAAACAAAAAACUUCAAGGUUAGAUGAACACAAACAAAUUGACAGUUCUCAAAUAGACCGAUUACUCAAAGAAGAAGAAAAUUACAUCAAAAAAUUAGUGAUACAAUUGAAAAAGCUUGGAGCAAACAUGAUAUGCGUUCAAGAAAAUUUGUCUGCCGGAUAUCAAGCUGGUAUUUCAGAUUCUGCAAAGUUUUGGCUUCAAAAAUCCAAAAUCAACUGCCUCAAACCCAUUACCAAGAAUGAUAUUUCACUACUAAGCAAAGCAUUUAACAUAUUUCCCAUUUCGUCGAUUGAAAAGUUACAGGAAAUUAUCGAGUGUGACGACAAGACAGAAAAAUCAAAAUAUCUUGCAGAAAUUGCUUAUGCUAAGAAUGUUUAUAUUGGAAGACAAAUUUAUAUUUCAUUAGGUCAAACUCUGAAACAAGCUCUCCUUACUCCUCUCUCCUUUGUAAUAUUGAGCGCAUCAACUCAAAGCUCAGUAGAAGAAUUAGAACGUGCCUUCAAUGAUUCCAUUUGCAUUGUUGAAAACUUUUUCAAAUCUCCUAUUCUGGUUCCAGGAGGUGGAGCAUGUGAAAUGUCACUUUCUGCCUACAUUCAUUUCCUAAAAACACAACAACAACAUUCUCCACUUCAACAACUUAUCAUGGAAAGCUAUUGUAAUGCAUUGGAGUCCAUUCCUCACGUGCUCAGUCAAGGUUUUUCCUCUGAAUUAUCAACUCCAUCAUCUAUACUUAAUGAAUUGAGGCAAAUGUAUAGAGAGUGUUUUGAAAAGAAUGAAUCGAGUCCUUUUAGCGGAAUUUAUUUGUCCAAUAGAAUGGCCGAAACAUGGUGUCAAUCAUCGUCACCAAUCGCAAACAUGAAAGAGAAAGGAAUUUUUGAACUCUUGCAUGGAAAGAUUUCACAAAUGAAAAUGGCAUUGCAGACUGUUCAAAGAAUUCUCAAAAUUCGACACUGCUUUGUUUUAACGACUAACAACAAUGAUGAAUCAACAAAACAUUGA